AUGGAAGUCGAUUUAUGUGUGGUGUGCAACAAAAAAGGGCACACCAAUCGUUACGAAGUCAGAACAUGCAAAAGUUGCACGGCGAGUGUCUAGAAUUUCAAAUAACCCUUAAAAUCUUACAUUUUCAGUCGUUUUUCCUUCUUUACAAAAACGCAACUCUGGAAUGUCUGACAGAACAGAACAAUUGCCCGAGUACAAACGAGCGUUGCCACGCGUGCCGGAUGAAAAAGUGCCUGGCCAGCGGGAUGAUCGAUUCGAAAAACAGAGACGGCGAGUCGAUUUCUAGUUGAGAAAAUGUGUUCAAAGGUGAUUUUCAGCCCUGCCGACGCUCAAACAACCGAUGGAAAAUGGCUCCGAAGCGCAGGGAAGAGUGCGGACGAAUCAUCGGAGGUCGUCGAAUAGAGACAAGUUAAACGAGGCUUUCAGAGUAGAAUCUCCUUCUUCGAGCCCGCCGGCCUCGUGUUCCAGAACAAUUGCCGACGCGAUGGCCAGAAUCGGAGGUUUGUAGCAUGUUUUUCACUGAAAAAUGCUAAUUUUCCACGUCAGAGCCGAGAAGGUGCCCAAUAGCCCGUCCGUCGCCACUCGAACACAGUCGCCAGCUGAAUCUGAUCGGCUCCGUGCUGCCUCCGGAACGUAAUUUCGCCUCCGCACUUAUCAACGCUCAAUUCCGCCCCGACAUCUUCUCUUUUUCACUUUCGGCCGCCGAACUUCAUCAGCUCAACUGGUCCGGCCUCAUCUUCAAACAUCGAAACGGCUUGAAGCACUUGUCUGUAAGGAAAUUUGUUUAUUUUCGUUUCUCCUUCCUUUUAGCAGAUUUCCCCUUUUUUCAGCAGCUCGUGAAAGGGGUGUUGUUCCGCGAAUCGUACCUUCUGGUUCACCUACUCGACGCCGCUUGGGCGAUUCAUGCAAAUCAACUGGAGACCGAAUAUCCACUGCAAAACGGGGAAAAGUACGCGAGAACUGAUAAAAACCAUAAAAAUUUUACUGUUUUCUUCCAGAGCCCAUAUGAAUGCGCUGGUGCUGUUCGGUUACCACGACGCUCUUCAGGCCUGGCUACUUUUGCUCGAGAAUCUGCGUCGGCGCGCGUUCACCAAGUACGACUACUGUCUGUUCCGCCAGCUCGCCCUUUUCGACAGUUCUCUCAUGAAAUUGGACCCGAAGUUCCGCGAAGUUCACAUCGAGUUUCUGAAUGCGUGGAAGUUUUUGCGGCCGUUAUCAAUCCCACAAGUCCAUAAGUUGUUGGACGAUUUUCAGGCAUUUGUGUAAGAAGAAUUUCGACGAUUUCCAUGAAAGUUUUCGAAUUUCAGCGCUCUGGCCGCCGAAAUCCGAAGUUAUCUGACUGUAAAGUACGAUCGCGGCCUAAUUUCCCACGUACAUCAUCCGUUCACUCACUCAAUCUUUAGAUCUCAUCAAUUGGAAGUUUCCGAGGAGAGAAGUCAAGCGUCACGAUCGGAAAGUGCUGAAAGCAACGAGACGGACUCUCCGCCAGACUUUAUUAUUGCCUAA